UUCCUGGGCCAGCCACAAGCAGCUGCCAGCGUUCCGGCGACCUGGGUGGCUUCCAGGUUCCAGGCUCCGUGGGGCAGUGAGACCCGCACCAUGAGCUCCCUGUCCGCAGCCAAUGGCGCCUUUGCCUUCCGGCUUCUAAAGCUCCUGUGCCCGGAUGACCCCGCAGACAACGUCUUCUUCUCUCCUGUGAGUGUCUCCUCAGUCAUGGCCAUGGUCCUGCUGGGAGCCAAGGGCGACACAGGGGCCCAGAUUGCCCAGGUGCUGGCUUUAAACCCCAAGGGGGACAUUCAUGGUGGCUUCCAGUCCCUUCUCACCCAAGUGAACAGGCCUGGUGCUCCGUUCUCCCUCAGCAUCGCCAACAGGCUCUUUGCAGAUAAGAACUGGAAAUUCCUCCCAUCAUGUACGGAGUCCUGUCUGAAGUUCUACCGUGCCGAGGUGGACCAGCUGCCCAUUGCGGAAGAUCCAGAGAAGUCCAGGAAGCACAUCAACACUUGGGCAUCCAAAAGGACUGAAGGCAAAAUUCAGGAGUUGUUGGCAGAGGGCUCACUUGGUAAGGGGAUCAGACUGAUUCUGGUGAAUGCUGUCUACUUCAAAGGAAGGUGGGACCAACAGUUUGAGGAGUCGUCCACAAGGACAAUGCCUUUUAAAAUAAACCAGAAGGAGCAGAGGCCGGUGCAGAUGAUGUACCAGGAAGCCAGGCUCCCCCUGGCCUAUGUGAGGGAGUUGGGGACCCAGGUGCUGGAGCUGCCCUACACUGGCCGCGAGCUGAGCAUGGUCAUCGUGCUUCCCGUCGAAGGCGUGGACCUCAGCACGGUGGAAAAAAGCCUCACUUUUGAGAAAUUCCAAUCGUGGACCAGUGCAGAGCAGAUGAAGAGUACGGAGGUUGAAGUUUUCCUGCCGAGGUUUAAACUGCAGGAGGACUAUGACAUGGGCUCUGUGCUGCAGCGAUUGGGCAUGGUGCAUGCCUUUGAUGACGCCUGUGACAGCCCCUUGGGCAGCCCGGAGGCAGGGACAGGAGGGCAGGGCGGCCCCGCCCUGCUGCAGCACCAGCCACAAAGGCCCCAGCUUCCUGGGCCAGCCACAAGCAGCUGCCAGCGUUCCGGCGACCUGGGUGGCUUCCAGGUUCCAGGCUCCGUGGGGCAGUGA